CACAAGCCUGCCCUCUCAUUGCAUUUUUAAAGGGCUUGGCACCGAGCAGCUUGAUAGGACAGGCAGAGAACAGGAAGGCAGGUUGGUUUAUUGAACUGUUCAGGCCAGAGAUGAAUCAACCCCCCGGUGCAUGUCAGAACGGUUCAGUCAGGCAGCUAGCUGUGUAAAUCUCCUCAUGGUUUUACACAUGAAACAUGGGCAGGACGCAUAUUGGAAGCGCCUCUCUGUCUGUCUAUGGCUAGAGGUUCCUGAAUCUCCUGGAUGUGGUUUCUGUAGUGUAUCUGCAGUGGAAACCUGCUGGAUCUCACUGUGGAGCUGGCUCUUCAGAUCCCCUUCCCAUCAUCUCCAAGGGUCUCCACACCCCUCUUCCGACCCCACAAUUCCACCCCACAAGAUGGGCUCCUUCCGGCGGCCACGCCCUCGCUUCAUGAGCUCCCCGGUUCUCAGUGACCUCCCUCGAUUCCAUGCUGCCCGCCAGGCCUUGCAGCUUAACAACAGCACAGCGUGGAACAGUGUUCAGACUGCGGUGAUCAAGGUGUUCCAAGGAGGAGGCUUGCAGACCAGUGAGCUGUACACCCUGAACGAGAGCAUCAGGAGGCUGCUGAAGACCGAAUUGGGCUCCUUUAUCUCUGAUUAUUUCCAGAACCAGCUCCUCAGCAAAGGGUUGGUGCACAUCGCAGAGAAGAUCCAGUUGUGCCAGGGUGACAGUUUGGUGUUGAUUCUGUCUGAGACGUGGGACCGAUUCUUCACCGAGAUCCUGCCAACAUUACAGGCCAUCUUCUACCCUGUCCAGGGUCAGGAGCUCACUAUCAGACAGAUGGCCCUGUUGGGUUUCCGGGACCUUGUCCUGCUGAAGCUGCCGUUGGACGAGCUGCUGCCCUGCAUUAAAGAGCAGGCCCUCCCUCCCAUCACACAGAUGCUGCUCAUCCUUCAGGGGAUCCAUGACCCCAGCGGUCCCUGUGAGCAGUACUGCCAGCUGGAGAGGCUGGUGGAAUGUGUCGUGUCUCCGUAUCUGGGGAGCUGCCUGGACAGGAGAGGAGCAUCCUGCCUGCUGGAGGGCCGGAUGUCCAAGUCUCAUCAGAAGGUGGUGGGCCUGAUGCAUUAUGGGCCUGAGAUCGUGAUUACCCAGCAUGCCCCAGACUCUCUGGCACCCCUGGUGGAGCUGGAAGGAGAGGCGUAUCUGGAGAAGCUGGGUGGGGUCCGGAGGCAUACCAUUGCCAACGCACACUCCAACCUCCAGUUCCUUGCUGUCGCCUCCAUGAUGCAUUCUGGGAUGGUGGAGGAGGACAGUCUGACAAACCGACACUGUCAGGGAGCCCCACAUCACUGAGACCCAGGGGGGCUGGUCAUGAUCUCAAUGCAGAGCUCCCCUGAACUGAGCUGCCCAGCACCUGGCUAGAACCUCCCAGGGCCACUGCUGUCCACUCAGUGAUGGGACCAGGUUGGCUCAAACCUUCGUAGGGAAGUUGUGCCUAAAUAAAAUGGUUCAGACCUGGAUUCAUCUACAGGAGAGUUAGUGAGGUGGAGGGUCAGGAUCUCCUGUUUUUGUCUGCAGGGUCAGUACCGGCUCUCAUUCUAUAAAGAGACCCUCGGCUAAACUGGAGAUUGGGGACUGAAAGUGUGAUGCUUCUUCAUGAAAGAAAUGCGCAGCUAGGAGGUGGGUUUGGAACAAAGGGAUUUUAAGAGAACAAAGAUAAAAUUUAAGUGCUGGUCCACUAACUAACACCUUGAAUACUGCAACCCUGCAGUUCUGACAUGGCUGACUUAAUCACACAAGGUAGAGGCCAAUUGUUAUAAAUAAGAAAUAAAAGAAACUAGCAAGAAACAGUUGUGUUGGGUCUGGCUAGUUUUAUACUAUUAUAAUGAUUCCUCAGAUAAUUUGCCUUUGCUUAAUUGUACAAUAGAACCAUUUGGUGAAAGAAACCUGAACUCCUGUCAUUAAGAGCACUGUGAUACAGAGGCUGGCAAAGAUUCUCUGAAAAACAUUUUUUGACAUGUUCAGUAAUUGGAGAGAAGAAUUAUUUCCGAAUAGCUGUGUUUUCAAGAGGGACUUGGAUCCCUUUUGGAAAAUUAAAGAUCUUGACUCAUUCAUCCUGUGAUGAUAGUGACUGGUCAGCAGCAGAUGGAUGGAAGCACUCAAAUUAACCUCCAUUGCCUUCAAUACAGCACACUGGCCCUGCUUUCUGUGAUGGUGGUCUGUGAGUUUACCUGCUUCCCUCAGAGAAAGCAGACUACUCAGGCCUCCGGUUGACAAGGCUACUGUCCUCUGCCUACUACUACCAGCUACCCCAGUCCUGUCCCCACCUCCCUUCUCCAUCCUCCAGACUCUCAGGUAGGACUUCAAUCAGACACAACUUCCCUCCUCCCUGCCUCCCUCUUCCAAACUCCCGGGUAGACUUAAAUCAGACACAACCUCCCUUCUCCCUCUUCCAGAGUCCUGGGUAGGACUUCAAUCAGACACAACCUGCCUCCUCCAGAGUCCUGGGUAGGACUUCAAUCAGACACAUCAAAGACUUUUAACACUGGUGUGUCUAAAAGUUUCCCAACAUUAUGACAGCAGUUUUUUUUCUCCAGCACAACAGUAGUCCUAUUUCAGGAUUCCCAAUAAACUGUCUUUGUGAAGCAGAGUGUCUGUCUCAUGUCUAGCACACUGUAAUGUGAUUUAUUUAUUUAAAAAUAAUUAAUGCAUUAUGGUUUUCAGUUGUAACCUUGGUUAACUCAACAGAUUUUUAAGAUUUGUCUCUGGCUUUGAGAUGUCAAAUACAUCCCUGAUGUCAAGCUGUCAUGAGAACUUUCAGCUCCAUCAAUGGAACUGCCAGAUCCUGAGUGGAGUUGCAAGCAUGGAAAACUUUUCUGUGCUGUUUGCAGAUAUGCUGUUCAGCUGCAACUGUGCACAAUUAACCAACAGCAUCUUUAACAUACUGAAUGUGUGAAUGGAUCAAACAGGGAAGAUAGAUUUCAACUAAGAACAAGAUAAAUACAUUAAGAACAAAUUUAUUAAAUUAAAUCUAUAGAUUUCUAUAGAAAAAGUUAUAUUUUUCUAUAUUUAUACAGAUCUGUAAAACCAGUGAUUAAUGUCAAUAGAUUCUGUAGGAUUUUUCUAAAGGUUUUUAAUGCUAAGUAAGCACUUGAACUAAUAAAAUGAGAUGCAUAUACAUAUUCCUCUCCCAGGACUGUCACUGUACACUGGGAAAUAUUUAAACUCUUUUUUUACAUUAUUUUUUCCAAAUCCAACAGAAGAGGGGUUCUGUUGAACAGGAAUGCCUUCAGCGGGGUAUUGAUUAUCAUGACACAAUCUGCCCUGUGGUUUAACUCCCAGGCCUGCCCUCAGCAAACCUUCAGCUUGGCUUGAU